UGGUCUUCUUCAGAGGUGACUCGGCAACGCUGAACCCCAGCGUACGUAACCCUGAAAAACAGUUGCUCCUCUCAACUACCAGUCUCUCAGACUGAUUGGUGAUUUUCGAUAGCUACUCACCUUUCUGUGUCCCUGUCCAUGGAGUUAUCUUCUCGUAGAAUUGAAGAAUGGCGGAGGCAGCUGAUCGUAGUUCAACAUCUACUCAUCCUCCAUCUUGUUCUGGUUCAAGUAAUAGGGAUUCUUCUCCUUCGAAUUCAGCUGUUGCAACGGCUUCUUCGAAUUCUCCUCCUUCUUCGUCUUCAUCUUCGCAGGUUCGUGAAGAAGAGGAGGGCCAGAAUCACGAUAUUGAUCAGCAAAAUCAAUUUCGAGAACAUGAGAUAGAGCAGCAACGAAUAGUUGGUUUCCAUAGAGGGAGUUUUUGGACAUUUAAUGACAUGUCGAAUGUGGUUAGGGACGAUACUUGGUCUUGCAUCAUUGUGGUUCUUACCUUCUGGUUAUUCGUGUCAAUUACUCUGAUUUUGGGGGUUUAUGGUUCUCUGAGCUUGCGGUUUGGUCCAAGUUCUUCUAUUCUUAUCAGACCUAGCCCCAUAUUUGUGCAGUCAAUAAAGGUCGAAGAGUUGGGUGAGACAAAGCCUGGGUUAAUAUUGUAUGGAUUGUAUAGAUCUCCACCUCUUGAUGUUGUAUCUACUUGGUCCAAAACUAUAAAUGCCUCUGUUCCCGCAAAUUCUCACAAGGAGUUAAUAUAUUUUCUGAAUGAAGGGUCUCAAAUAAAUAUUUCAUACUGUGUCAAAUCUGAUAGCUCUAUUUACCUCAUUAUUGCCCAAGAGAAGAGUGGAGGACGUUUAAGAAAGACUCUGUCUCCAAGUAUAUGCUCUGGGAAUGAAGGCCUUGCUCGGUGGCUUGAGGACCCAACAUAUCCCAACAGCACUUUAUCUUGGAAUGUCAUUCAAGGAAGUGGUAUCAUCAAGCAGAACAUUUGGAGAUCUUCAAGUUACUAUGUCGCAUUAGGUAACCUGAACUCAGAGGCGGUGGAGGUACAGAUGAACCUCAGUGUUCAGGCUCUCUUGUACAACACGAGUGAAGCUUAUUCUAAGUGUAUGUUUACCCACGGAGUAUGUAGCUUAAGAGUUUUGUUCCCCCAAGGAAAUGCUUUUGUUGUAAACUCCCCUGGUGUGGGAAAGGGCUCAACUAGUGAUGAGUGGAAUGUCAAGCUCUCUUAUGGUCCAAGGUGGCUCACAUAUAUUCUUGGCAUAGGUGGACUAACUGUGCUCAUGUUGGUGGCCUUCAACUGCUUGAACAAGUUUCAAUUUACUCGCGAAGAUGGAGAUGGACAUCAGUUUCGUGAAACUGGAUCUGAGAGAGCGCAUUUGCUCUCCCAUAAAGAUGAUGAUCUCUCAAGUUGGGGUUCAUCCUAUGAUUCAGUCUCAAAUGAUGAAGAGGAUCUUGGAGACUUCCUGGCACCAAGUACUAUUGAAGGCCAAUCAUCAAGAGAUGGUGAAAAUGGAAAUAAUACUAGGCGUCUUUGUGCAAUUUGCUUUGAUGCUCCAAGAGAUUGUUUCUUUCUUCCAUGUGGGCACUGUGUGGCUUGCUUUGCAUGUGGAACAAGGAUAGCAGAAGCUGCUGGAACUUGCCCCAUUUGUCGUAGGAGCAUGAAGAAAGUGAGGAAGAUUUUCACUGUUUAAUCAACUCGCAGCUAUUUAUUACAAUUAUCCAUGCCUGGUUCAGUGAUGUGCGAUUUAGAGCUCUCAUGUUGUUUCCUUUCAUAAGAAGUCUCUUCUGUUGUUUCCCUCAUGCUAUAUUUGAUUCAAUAAUCUUCUAAACUGGAAUGACCUGCCCUUAUUUUUCCAAAGGCAUUCCAUGAUCUAAUGUAUGUUGCUUAGGUUUGUACAUGUGACUGGCAACUCUAUGCUUUAACUUGUCAUAUAGCUGCCGUGACCACCCAAGAAAUAUAUCUAUCAUUCACCCUCUUUGAAGUCUU